AUGAGAAGCCUUCUGGUGUUGUGCGGGCUUGUGGCCCUUGUAGCCGUAGUUUCCUCUCGGGAGAUUCGGGAAAAGAGGGAAGCCGACCUCGCGGUGGCAGCUUCCCACCACCACGGCCACCACGGCGGACACCACGAGGGUGGCGGCCACGAGCAUCAUGGAGACCAUCACCAUGACCACGACCAUCACGACCAUAAAGGGCACAAGGGGCACCACGCCCAUCACCAUGGCCAUAAAGGACAUCACGAUCAUCAUGGACAUAAGGGACAUCACGGCGAACACGGCGGGCACAAGAAGCAUCACCAUCAUGAUGAGGGCCACCACCAUCACCACGGACACGGAGAGAAGGGCCAUCAUGGGCACGGACACGACGAGCACGGUCACUGGCACAAGGGUCACGACACAAAGGGCCACCAUGGCAUCGAACACCACGACGAAUUUAAGAAGGACAAACACUUCCACGAUCACCACGGAGAGAAGGGACACCAUUCCCAUCACGGCGGUCACCAUCAUGAGGGCGGACAUAAGAAGGGCGGACACUUCCACCACGGACACAAGCAUCACGAUCACCAUGAUCAUGACCAUGGUAAGCACGGCCACCAUGAGCACGGAGGACACCACCACCACCAUAAGGGACACCAUGGAGAUGACGGCCACCAUGAACACCAUCAUCACCAUCACGGCCAUGGCAAAAAGGGAGAACACGGUGACCACAAACAUUGGGGUUACAAGAAAGGUCACUAA